AUGGUCACCAAGACAAAAGAAUGGCCUGUCAAGCCUGCUAUGAACGGAAAAAGCGUUGCAUCCCAGCACCCCCUUACCAUCGAUGCAAAUACUGCUGCCAGGAGAAUCAAAGAUGUGUACCCCGAGAACGCCGCUAUCGACGAAGAUCAAGUCAAGAACCGAAAGAACCAAAACCAGAAUACGCUCAAAUCCGAAUCCGAAUCCCCCCCCGAAGUACAUAUAACCUCCCUUUACCACAUGGUCCUAAAUUUGAUUCCACUCGAGGAGAAGGAGGAGGAGGACGAGGAAGAUGAUUCGAAAGAACAUUUGGAUAUCAACUACGACAGUACCACCAUCCGAGACCAAGGAGACGAUAAUACAGUGGAUUCAACCGCGCCAGAAACCUUGAAUGCACUGGGACUGCCCGCGCAAAAUAUGGCAACUGGGCGAUCGUGCGACUUUUCUCCGCUUGAUAAGGACUUUCAGAUACCGGCUUCUGGGCACUUUCAUGAGGGAUUUACGAUGUAUGAUAUGGAUGCUCUUUUGAGGUUUUGA